ACCAAGCAUAACCUCACGAACGUCACGAGGGUGUGGAGAAGGCUUCUGCAAUUCUCUCUUAGUGUGCUUGCAAAGCAAGUAGAGUUCGCAUCACAGCGAGUUACUCAGUUGACGUACCGCAGCUCUGCGAAAUUCAAGCGAAUCGCGUACGCUUCGCUCGUAUAACCCUUUGCCUCUGAUUUGCCCCCCCCUUGAGUCGAGUUUAAUCCGUCGAGACGCUCGAGCUUGUAGCUAGUAAGCAUCAACAAUUCGACAAUUAUGGUUCUCUGUGGUAUCGAGUGCGUCCAAAGGAUUUCCCAGUAUCUCGACGUUUCGCCGGGAAAGCUCUACAUGUCGGAAAAUAACAAUGUAGCAGCCAAUGGGUUAGUAGAUAGUCAAAGCACAGAGGGCUUCAGUACUAUAAUUCAGGCAAUGGUCAAGAAUUCCAAAUAUCCAGCAAUUCUUGGAGAUGAUUCUGUAACACAAGCUUUAGUAAGGCAAUGGUUGGAGUAUGCAGCAGUGUGUAUAAAUUUUGCAGAUAAUUCUGCCUUUGAAAGGAGGGUCUUAAAUGAGCUUAACACAAUUCUAAAAACAAACACCUAUGUAACUGGUACAAAAAAAACUAUUGCUGAUGUAAGCAUGUAUUACUCUGUACAUGGAUUAGUGAACAAAAUGAGCCCACAAGAGAAAGCAGAACAUGUACACUUAUCAAGAUGGUGUGACAACAUGCAGCAGGAUGAAAAAUUACGUCAAUCCAUGGAUUCUAUUAACUUUAACAUGAUGCAUUUAUAUUUGUAACAGAAAUUAUUCUGCUUUCCUCACAAGUGUGUAAUUAUUUUUUUUUUGUAAGUUGAGGCUCAAAAAUUAUUUCCUACAAAAUUGCGAACUAGUGCGUAAAAAAACGUUUGUUAAUUACAUAUUUAAGGAAAAAUAAACUAAUAUCGCAUUUAUUAAAACAUUGUAAAA